AUGACAAAGUACGGCUCUAUUAACCGUGCCCACUGUCCUACCCUACGCCGAAUACGACGAUGCUUGCACGGUUUCGUCUGUACCGAGGCAAGCGAGGUGUCGCUUAAAGUGUCAGUGUCAAUGUCAAUCUCAGGCCAGCCAAGGGUUUGGGAAAUCCGGGGUGCUUGGAAAUCGAAAUCUAACACACUGUUUGAUGAUUGGUUAGUAAUUGCUACACGUGCUGCUACAAGUCUUGGAUUGCCGUUGACCAAGUUUAUACCACACCCUCUUCCAAUGACUAGGUCGACCAUCGCAAUCUGUCUGGAUUCCAAAGCAAGCAAUGAAUAA